AUGGUUCUCCAACGCCAAAUUACUUCCCACUAUAAGAAGAAGCUACAAGCCACAACUGUAAGAAAUCGAUCGUCUCACCCGGUUGCACCACCAUCACCGGCUGCAGCUCCAGCAGGCCACUCAACCUCCGGCUACGCUAGACACUGGCGACUCCACUUCCGGCUACAGCAGCCGGCGAUUUUAUCUCAGGAGAAUUUUGGCGGCAAAAUGGAGCUGAUCAAGCUAUCAAAAUUCAAGCUCCAGCUCCAAACCCUAAUCACAGAAGUUCGUGAACUCAGAGAAAAGGAACGCGCAUCUUCCGAUCAACUUCACGAUUAUGUCCAGAAACAGAAGCAAAGCGAUGAAGAAUUUAGUAUAAAGAUUAAGGAAUUGGAAACCGAGUUAACAUCAUCUAACGAACUGCAGCAGAAGCUAGAACGGAAGGUCCAGUUCCUUGAAGAUGAGAAUUAUUUACUUGAAAACAAGCAUAAAGAACUGAAGGAAACUAUAAGCAGCAUACUCCAAGAAAAAGAAGGCUUUGUUAAAGCUUACCAGGAAUCUACUUGUGAAAUGAAAAGAUCCAUUGAAUCCAGAGAUAGAAAGAUUGCCAUUCUUUCUGAGAAGAUAAAUACUCAACUAUUAUCAUUUGACACAAUACGCAAGGAGGCAUCAUUUGUGAAGCAAGUAGUGGAUAAUGCAACUCAUGUUGUCAAUGAGAAAGAGGAAGUAGUGUCUCAGUUGAAGAUGAAAUUUGACAAAGUAUGUGCAUUUGAGAAGUUAUUCAUUGAAAAAAUCAAGGAUCUUGAAACUAAACUAAAAAUUAAAGAAAAAACUAUACAAAUGAAGGAAGGGAUCAUAGAGACAUUAAUAUCAGAAAACAAGGCUUUGCAUUCUGAAGUGGGGAUUUUAGUAGUUACUGUUAAGAAAAUUCAAGAUACAAUGACACGUAUGGAUGAAGAGGAUAGAGCUGCUUUGCCUUUAAUGGUGGCAAACCAAGAAAAAAAUGUAGCAAAUUCUCAUCACAUAGAUUCUAGAGCAACUGUGUCAGAGCUAGAUUCAGAAUGCUCAACUACACAAGAAGGAAUUUGUUGA